AGGGAUUCACGUCGAAGUACAUAGUACCUAACACUUUAUCGAUGCAUAACUUAUACAGCCUUCACCGCCUUCCGUUUAAGGUGGGGUUACCCCUCCAUCCCCCAAAUCGCAACUUUCCGCGCUUUCUGCCGCAUCGCGAGGAGGCAGUGCUGGAAGAAAGAUUUGGAACGAGCAACUUAAAUUUCACAAGAAGAGGAAUACCACGAGUGGAACGAGUCCAAGCUUUUGUCGCGCGAAAUCUUAGAUAUCUUCAAUUGGCUCCUUCGAUUACGAAAUUCGAAGCCACCAACAAUGUCCGCCGAUAACACGACGCCCGUCACCACGACGGCGGGUGGUGAGAAGCCCGCUCACCUGGAACCCUCCAAGUUGGGCACGAAGGAGUACUGGGACGCCCUCUACACACGCGAAAUCUCCAACCACGCCUCCAACCCCUCCGACGAAGGAACGGUCUGGUUCGACGACUCGGACGCCGAGAACAAGAUUGUGCAGUUCCUCGACGAGCAAGAACAUGAGCUCUUCUCCGGUAUCUUUUCGCGAGACGAUGCGGCGAUUAUGGACUUGGGGUGUGGUAAUGGCAGCCUGCUGUUCGCGCUGCACGAUGACGGUUGGGAGGGAAGGUUGUGCGGUGUGGAUUACUCGGAGCAGAGCGUGGAGUUGGCACGGAGGGUGCUGAGGACGAGGGUUUUGGGAGAGGAUGUGCCUGAGGUUGAGGAGGGAGAAGGGGAAGAACAGUCAGCAGCAAAAGAGGAGGACACACGACAAGAACAAGAUGAAGAAGAAGAAGAAGAAGAAGAGGCGGACGUGGGAAUCGAGUUCAAAGUCUGGGACGUCCUCAACGGCGACUUUUCCACCGUCCAAGCCCGCCCCCCAUCUUCCCAACAACCCCUAGAAGGAGACAAAAACGCCGGCUGGGACCUAGUCCUAGACAAAGGUACCUUCGAUGCCGUCUCGCUCUCCGACUCGCGAGACGCUCGAGGCCGGCGAAUCUGCGAGAACUACGGCGCGCGCGUACUUCAGCUGUUGCGCCCCGGUGGGUUUUUCCUAGUGACCAGCUGCAACUGGACCGAGGAGGAGCUGAAGGGGUGGUUUGAGACGGACUUUGCCGAGGUUUAUGACGGUACGGAGAAGAAAAAGUUGGGCCUGAGGCAGGUAGGUAGGAUUGAGUACCCUAGUUUUAGCUUUGGGGGUGUCAAGGGGCAGACGAUUAGCACGCUUUGUUUUCAGAAAAGGGAUAUUUAAGGGGUUGAGAGGUAUGGUGGCCAAGUUGCGGAGAAAACAGGAGAGGAUAAUAUGUAAUGGGUUCAAGAGGCGAUUUGUGAAAUGCUAAAAAACCAUGUGCGGGAAGGAUGUCUGGUUGAUGGAGUACCACGUCUUGAUGCACAUAUUUGGAAAGACUACAAAUGACUUCGCAUCGGGGUUUCUACGACGUCCACGAAUUACGGAUUGUUACGUGA